UGUACUACACUACGCAUCACUACUGCGCAGACUCACACACGGGAAGAGCUGUCUUCUCACAGAGGAUUUUCAAAGUCUGCUUACAAAGCUCUUAGGAGCUCAAAACCACCAGUAAAGCUGUAUAAGCACCGGGUUGAUGGGUCGGAAGGAAGUGGCGCAUCGUAUGGGGAGCUGCCUCCCGAACUCGCCAUGAGCUACAAACCCAUUGCUCCGGCGCCCUCUGGAUCCAACCUCACACCUCCAGGCUCCUCGGUGCCCUCCCCUUCCCUGCCCUCGUCAUCCAACUUUAGGCCGGCUUUUAGUGACUUUGGCCCCCCCUCCAUGGGCUUUGUUCAGCCUGUCAAAGUGUCUCAAGGGUCCACAUACAGUGAGCUUCUGUCCGUCAUCGAGGAGAUGAGCCGUGAGAUCAGGCCUACCUACGCUGGGAGCAAGAGUGCUAUGGAGAGGCUAAAGAGAGGUAUUAUCCACGCCCGAGCUCUGGUCAGGGAGUGUCUUGCAGAGACGGAAAGAAGCGCCCGCACAUAACCUUUUUGAAAGCUCCCUUCACUCCUCACUCUUUCCCGUAGAAGCCUGUCCUCAAGAUCCCCAACGUCUGUUUUACCACUUUUUUCCAUUCUCUGCUUUUUUGCUCUUUCCUCUGCGGCUUUUUAUAGUUGCAUUAUGUCCUUCUUGUCUCCACUGUUCCCUGCAUUCCACAAUACCAUUUAUGUUUAUCACAAACGUUCUGUGAACUGUAGGGUGUAUGCAAAAUGCAGGUUUGUAUCUAUUUUAAAUAGAAUUGUGGGGAAUUUAAACACAUUACUAAGUUGAGCCCUUGGUAAAAACCUUAGUAAGAUCGAUUGGAAUGUUUUUAUUCAAUAAUGGCUAUUGACCAAGACAGAUGGGUUAGUGUUAAUGGUGGAAUCAAAGUUCCAGCUGCACCCCGUCUUAAGUUUCUAUGCUGACCGUCACUCUGCAACCACUGAAUGUUUUGUUAAUCUGAGCAUCCUGAAUAUACCCCAUUUCCAUCCACAUUGCAUUGUUGUUUUGUAGUGUAAACACACAUUAGAUGUUUUUCAAUCCCAAGAACGCUGUACAUCUCAAGUCAAUUUGUUAGUAUGGAAAUUUUGUAAACCAGAUUUUUGCAGUUCUGUAUGUAUAUCUUAAUUAAAUAACUGAAAAAAAA